AAUCAUUGGCUUUUUUUUUUUUCAGAAGACAUGGUGGAUAGAAACCCUUUCUUCAACAAAUCUGGUCCACCAGAGUUCGUGUUCCGUGUCUUAACCAAUGUUCCUGAAUUUCAGGCAAUCCUCUUCACCGUCUUCUUCCUCCUCUAUUUGAUGAUCCUCUGUGGCAAUACCACAAUUAUCUGGGUGGUGUGCAAUCACAGCUCCCUGCACACUCCCAUGUACUUUUUCCUGGGCAGCCUGUCAUUUGUGGAAAUCUGCUACAUCACAGAUGUGGUGCCCUUGAUUCUUUCCAACAUCUUUGGAGACCAGAAACCCAUAUCACUGGCUAGUUGUGGGACACAAAUGUUCUUUUUCUCUGUCUUUGGCUGCACUGAUUGUUUUCUCUUGACAGUCAUGGCUUAUGACAGAUAUGUGGCCAUCUGCCAUCCACUACACUACAACCUCAUCAUGACCCAGAAACUGUGUGUCCAGAUGGUAAUAGGCUCUUUGAGCUUGGCACUUCUUCUCUCCUUGGAGCUUACUGCCUUUACCUUCACAUUGCCAUUCUGUAGACACCGCCUUGAAAUCAACCACUUCCUCUGUGAUGUGGCUCCUAUCAUGCGCCUGGCCUGUGCUGACAUCCAUGUGAACCAGGCAGUUCUCUAUGUAGUUAGUAUCCUAGUUCUGACAGUCCCAUUCCUGCUAAUUUUCAUCUCUUAUGUGUUCAUAGCUUCUACCAUUCUCCACAUGCAUUCUGCAGAGGGUCGUCAGAGGGCAUUCUCCACCUGUUCCUCCCACCUCACUGUGGUUUUGCUACAAUAUGGCUGCUGUAGCCUAGUGUACCUGAGGCCCCGCUCCAGCACCUCAGAUGAUGAGGAUCGCCAAAUUUCCCUGGUUUAUAUCUUUGGUACUCCAUUACUCAACCCUCUGAUUUACACCCUUAGGAAUAAAGAUAUCAAAGAUGCUCUGAAGAACUCUUUCUUCCAUGUACCAGCUUCUGACACUAGUUGAUAUCUUGAGUGUGGAGUGGAGUAUCUAUCGGUUAAGCCAAUUAAGUCUAAAUGACAAACGAUUAAAAACCAAUUUGUUUUCCUUUUAAGUUUGG